ACAAUUACAGGAAAUUUUGCCAAUGUGAUUCAUGGUUUGAAUGCAAAUCACUUGACAGACCAAGUAAUUCAGAGAAGCAAGCGAAUGAUUCUGGAUACUCUUGGAGUGGGGCUUCUGGGUACCAGCACCGAGGUCUGCCACAAAGUGACACAGUACAGCAAGAUCUACAGCUCGGAUUUAUCCAGUACCAUCUGGGGCCACUUGGAUUUCCGACUGCCUCCUCUGUAUGCAGCUUUUGUGAAUGGAGUGGCUGUGCACUCCAUGGAUUUUGAUGACACAUGGCAUCCAGCCACACACCCAUCUGGGGCUGUGCUGCCUGCCGUGAUUGCGCUCUCGGAGGCCUUUCCUCAGAAGAAAAAAAUCUCAGGUCUUGAUCUGCUCUUAGCUUUCAAUGUGGGAAUCGAAGUGCAAGGCAGGCUGCUGCGCUUCUCCAGCGAAGCCAGGAACAUUCCAAAAAG